GCAGCUACCUUGUAAAAGGCACGAGCUUUUAGUUCUGAGGUAGUGUCGUAACUAUGGCCACGUCUCAGACAGAGAAAGCCAUCGCCAUUGCCGCUACCAAACUCUCCCAUUCACAAUACGAAAACCUUCCCAUAAAUCACCGCUCUCUAUAUCUCGAUCUAACUGCCAAUAAGAAGGAAAACAGAUAGUCGCAGUAAUGGCAGGGCAUGACAACCCUCAACCAACACUCGAGAUCAAGAAGCUCAGAUUCACCUACCCUGGAAUCGACGGCCAUCCUCCGCCGGGUUCCACUCCUUUGAUCGAUGAUUUCUCCCUCACACUCUUCCCCGGCGAUCGCUGCCUCCUUGUCGGUUCCAAUGGCGCCGGUAAAACAACAAUUUUGAAAAUUAUUGGGGGAAAGCACAUGGUUGAGCAAGAUAUGGUGAGGGUCAUGGGGCGAUCCGCGUUUCACGACACCGCAUUGACUGCCUCUGGUGAUCUUGCUUAUCUUGGUGGUGAGUGGAGGCGUGAAGUUGCUUUUGCUGGUUUUGAGGUUCCAAUUCAGAUGGACGUUUCUGCUGAGAAAAUGAUAUUUGGAGUAGCAGGUAUCAAUCCCCAAAGGAGAGAUGAACUAAUUAAGGUUUUAGGCAUUGACCUCUCCUGGAGAAUGCACAAAGUAUCUGAUGGCCAAAGAAGGCGAGUCCAAAUCUGUAUGGGUCUUCUAAAGCCAUUCAAAGUCCUCCUGCUUGACGAGAUCACUGUUGACUUAGAUGUGCUUGCCAGAGCAGACCUCCUAAAGUUUCUUAAGAAGGAAUGCUUAGAACGAGGUUCUACCAUUAUUUAUGCCACCCAUAUAUUUGAUGGGCUCGAGGAUUGGCCAUCUCAUAUUGUUUAUGUGGCUCGCGGGAAAUUGCAACUAGCAAUGCCUAUGAAUAAAAUCAAGGAGAUAAGCAAUCUGUCACUUAUGAGAACUGUGGAGAGUUGGUUGAGGAAAGAGAGAGACGAGGAGAGGAAAUUGAGAAAAGAGAUAAAGGGCCGUGAAGCGGGUGAUCAUAGCCCUGCUAGUGCUCGGGUACUGAACAAUGGAUGGGCUGCUGGGAGGCUGAGUUCGACUGUAGCUGGUGAAGGAAAUUUUAUCUUGAGUUCUAACAGAGUCCUCAGGUGAAUCUGACAUUGUUGUGCUAAACCAGAAGUUAAGAGAGUUCGGCAUAGGUAUUUUAUUUGUUUGCUGCAGCCUUCUUGUAAUAAUUAGGUCCUGCAAUGGACUUAUGCAGCCUUGCUUGCGUUAUAUUUUAUAGUGGCCAGACAAAAUCGUAUUGAGUUGAAUUUGUGGUCGAGUGCAUUUAUCCAUUGCAGUCGCAUACAUGCUUUUUAUGUGCACUACAGUUUAUUUUCGACAUGCAUAUA